AUGCUCGUGACGAAGGAGCUGAAGGAGCCAAAGGACAUGCGUAGCCUGAAGAAGUACGCUUCCGUCGUGGAGAAGACCAACACUGCGUCCGAGUUCAGCUUCCCGCAAACGUGUGCGUUCCCGAGCCUGCCUGCGGCCUACACUGCCAUCUCUGAUGCUGCUGAUCAGCGAGAACACUGCUCGUCGUCGGGCAGCGGGUGAGUUUCUUUCUUUCUUUCUUUUCCAAUCAGUCAUGUCUCUCU